CGCUUUUAUGAACGAAAACUUGGAGAAAGUGGUUCACGAGGCGGGCUCCGCCUACUCAGACGGGCGGUACCAAGAAGCACGAGAACUCUACGAAAAAGCGUUGCGAGACCACCCGAAAAACGGAAUCCUACACGCAAAUCUGUCGGCGAUUCUUCUCAAAAUUCAACUGCCCCCGGAAGCUCUGAAACAUGCUGAAAUUUCAGUGAAAUUGUGUCCACAAUGGGCAAAAGCCUAUUACCGGCAGGGAGAGGCUCAGCGGGCUCUCGGAUUUUUGAAAAAAUCAAUAUAUUCGUAUUGUAACGGAAUUCGGCUGGAUCCUGCCGGGUUUCAGUUGCUGAAAAGUUUGAAAUUAUCGAUUUUCGAUCACUUUCCGAUGUUUCCGUGGGAAAAUCUGAAGGUUUUGGAACUGGAUGAACAUGUGCCAACGAUUUUGUCUACGCUGGGACAAACUAUGCUCUUAGAGAUGGAGAAGCAAAAAAUCAAUAAUUCGGUAGAAGUUGAAGAAGCAAUUCAAGUCUUAAAAUGGUCGUUGGACCUGAAUCUGGAAUCAGUGAAGCUCCAGGAAUCAGCAUUUGGAGCACUUGCAUCCGCCUAUUGCUCCAUUCAAAAAUACGAGGACGCGCUGUUUUUCACCCAAAAACAACUGGAAAUUGCGAUGAAAAUGGACACCCCAUCAAUUUCAAUAAUUCGAGAGAACCUGGCAACUAUUGCGGAGCUCUGUGAGAAUUUUCAAGUGGCAAUUGAACAGAGAAGGAUUUUAUCGAGAAAUGGGAAUAUGCCGGAAAUCCUGAAACUUUGUGGCCUCUACCUGAAAACCGGCGCCCCGGAGCAGAUUUUCACGGUCCUAAACUUCAAAAUUCCACCUGAAACCUCAGAAUUUCACGUAGAAAUCUGUCAGCUCAUAGGAAAAGCCCAUCAUCUCCAAGGAGAUCAAAAAAUGGCUCUGCGGACGCUAAUUCCGCUGUCGAGAAACCCGAAAAAUCAAAAUUUCGAGUUAAUCGAUACAAUUAACAAGUGUAUGCUGGAAUUGGAGGAUUUGAAUUCAUCAAUUGAAUUUUUGAAUCAAAUCAUUCGAGAAAAUGUCGAAAGUUUGGAUUUGAUGCUCCACUGUUACUGUCUGCUGUGCCAAACACAAAUAAUCGCCGGAAAUCUGGAAACUGCGCUGAAAAUCGCGAAAUUCGUACUGAAAACUGCGAAAAAUCAGGAAAAUUCUAAAAACUCAGAAUUUCCGGCUGAAAUUUCUGUGCACAAAGCCAACGCAUUCCGGCUUCUUGCCAUCAUUUAUGAGCACCAAAAAGACACAGGCUCCGCCCACGUUUUGUGGAAGAAAUACGUGGAUUUGGGGGUUUUGACGCCGUUGGAGAAGCUUAAUGGGCUUCUGCAAAUUGCUCGAAUUGCACAGCUGGAAGGAAUUAUGGAUGAUGUUGAAGCAGUUUUUGAACGUGCUCAGGGAAUAUGUGAUCGACUUUCCCGCCCAUCUGAAAAGGUUCCAUAUAUCAGUGCCAAGUACCGAUGGCUCCAAAGCACCGGAAUAUCAGAAGAAGCUGAAAAAUGUCUGAAAAUGCUGGAAUUUUGGUUGAAAACCGAUCAAAACCUGGAUUCCAAAGCGAAAUCCCUAAUUUUUGAGGAUUUAUCACUGGAAAAUCGCCCAAAAAUAGGGAAGCUUAUUGCCUUGGAGCAAGCAUUAACAGAAGCUCAAGACACAAAUGAUAUGUAUCGUGAAGCUGGAAUUUUAGAGAAAAUGGGUCAUUUUUUGGCUGAAAAUAAUGAAAAACUAGCUGAAAAGUACUAUAAUCAGCAGUUGGAAGUCGGAAAACAGUUGAAAAACGCGAAAAUGAUGGCCGAUGCACAUGCGAAUGUGGCGAAUUUGAAAUUUUUGGCUGGAAAAUACCCGGAAGCCUGUGAACACUCACGGUGUGCACUGACAAUUUUCAAACUGGCUUCGAAUAAUGAGAAAAAAGUGGAAAUGCUCAUUUUGCUGGCUCGAGCUGAGUUGGAGAGAAACAACACCGAAAUCGCGUUGUCUGCAGUGGAAAAAUCGAUAAAUCUAGCGGAAGACUGCGAGAAUAACGAGAAAUUGGCAAUUUCCUGCCGGUUAAUCGCUGAGAUUUAUCAAAAAAUCGGCGGUUUCAAUGACAUUUCCAUACAAUUCGUGCGCCGUCAUAUCGAUUUAUUCGAAUAUGAAAAGGACUCGGAAAAGAAAUGGGCGUCUCUAAGGGAUUUAUUGAUUUUUGAGGUUGAUUUGAUUGGAAAAUUCGAAAUCUACGCGAAAAAUGAGCCGGGAACGGAAAAAAUCGAUAAAAUCGAGAAUUUAUUGAGAAUCAUCACUGUUCAAGUUAAAUUACAGGAACCUCAACUUCUAGAAAUUCAAAGGAUCCUUCAAAAAUGUCCAAAUUUACAUGAUUUUUCUCGGAAAAUUUCGGAUUUUUUGGAUGGAACUUCAAAAAAUCAAUAUUCUGAUCGAUUUUUUUUCGAAACAGGGGUGUAUUCAGUGUCGGAAUCUCAAAUUCGGUUGUAAUAUUGUAAAAGUUACAAAGAUUUCUCAAGAUUUACACGGAAAAAAGUUUAUGAGGGUCUGCAACCAACUACACAAUUUGCCAUAAUGAUUGAAAAAAUCAAUAAAAAUUUAUUUUUUAAUAG